GUUGCAACGGCCCGAUCCGAAGCAGGUCAACAUGGCUGCAACAUGGCUUGCCUCGCUGUUCCUGAUGUGCCUCAUGUCACAGGUCAAGUGUGGUCUUCUGCAUGAGAGAAACGAAGCGGAUGUGAACCAAUUUAUCGCCCCUAAACAGGACCGUCUGCACAGGCCCCACGUCGCUGCCUCAGUACCGCAGGGGAGUCUAGCGCACGCGCGGAAUGGGAGCCGGAAAUACCCCUUACCCUCAUACAACAGCGAGCAGAAUUUUCUGCUGACGGAGGCGCAGGAGGCGGCGCUGCUCGAGAGGAGAGCGCUCUCCGAGCAUACUCUGCUUUGGGCAGCCGACGACGGCGCCCCCUGCGUCCGCUUCGCCUUCGUCGAUGACCUGGUGGACCGCCAGGCUGUGCGACAGGCUGCCCGCCGCUGGAGCGAGAGCACCUGCGUCAACUUCAGGGAGGUCAGCCCGAGCUACGACGGCCCUCACCUGCGCCUCCGGAGGCACAGGAGCCGCUGCGAGUCCUUCGUGGGAGUAGCGUCCUCCGCGGGGCAGGACCUCCACGUCUCGGAGGAAUGCGAGAGAAACGAGGGCGCCCUACUACACGUGCUCGGCUACGCCCUCGGCUUGUGGCCCGAGGACGAGCGAUCCGACCGCGACGCCUUCGUGAGCAUCGAUUCGGGCGCCGGCAGGAAAUUCCCUCUCAACUCAGGCAACAACUACGGCGUCCCUUACGACUAUGCCUCCAUCAUGCACCGCCACGAAAGGCUUUUCGCCCCAGACGGCAAGGCCACAAUAUCAACUUUGGACCCGUUGUACCAAGGCGUCCUCGGCCAAAGCUCUCGCAUUUCCCACAUGGACAAACUGUUAGUUUACAGGAUGUACCACUGUGCAGACAGAGUGCUUCGCGAAUGUUCCCUACGCAGUGAUCCUUGCUUAAACAAGGGCUAUGUCGGUGCUUCCUGUGCCUGCAUCUGUCCAAGUGGCACUGAUGGUACUUUCUGUGAAGUCGUCCACAGGGGUUAUGAUGAACACUCGCUGUCGCCUUAUUCUGAAAUCAUCACUUCGCCCACAUCUUUGUCGUCACCGAGUUCGGAUAUUUCCCCAGGUGAAACCAGAUUCACGAAGGUCAUCGAAGCCCCCGAGUGCAAGCGAGUCGUGGCGCACUUCCCGACCUUUGACCUCCACCGCAGGACGGACCGCACAGGUGUCCCGGACGCCGCUAGAGGGAUCUGCUUAAGCGACGGCCUCGAAGUGCGCACUCGCGACAUGCUAAGAGGGGACUGGUACUGUGGAAAUGAACUGGCGGGCCAGACAGUGAAGUCAGUAGGCAACAAAAUGAUCUUAUAUUCCAAAUCUGACACGAACGACAUGCGUGGGUGGGCGGCUGACAUUACCUUCGAAGAAAUUGCCGGGUGUGUCAGGCGAGUGUCCAACAGAAAGACAAGCGUGAAAUCACCAAUAGACGGGGAUGGAUGUUUUUGUUUCUGGACAACGAUAGACGGAGAUGGCUGCUUCUGUUUCCAACCGUUUACUACGUCAACUACAAGUACUUCGACAACGACUACGUCUACAUCAAGUACUUCUACAAGUACAUCAACUUCUACGAGUACUUCCACAACAAGUACAAGUACAACAACAAGUACAAGUACGAGUACGAGUACAACAACAAGUACUUCCACGAGUACGUCAACAUCUACAAGUACAACAACAAGUACGUCAACAUCUACAAGUACAACAACAAGUACUUCCACAACAACAAGUACGUCAACUUCUACAAGUACUUCCACAACAAGUACAUCCACAACCACUACUUCCACAACAACAAGUACGUCAACUUCUACAAGUACUUCCACAACCACAACAACAAGUACUUCUACAAGUACUUCCACAAGUACAUCCACAACUAGUACUUCUACAACCACUAGUUCCACAACAACAACAACUGGCGUAACUAACUGUACCGUUGAAGUCGUCGACGGAGUCACUUGUUUCUCCUCUCCGAAUUACCCCAGCGACUACCCCAACGACUUCACCUGCGCCUUCGGACCCUUAUCUGACGAGGUCGGUACAUUGACGCUCACCGUUCAGGACUUUGACCUUGCUUCCGGUGAUACGGUGACCAUUGAAAACCCUUACACAUCACCCCUCGUGUUAUCCGGAUCCAUCGCUGCGGACACAGAGUACACAAUCCUGAGCAAUUACAUCCUCGUCACGUUUACCUCAGACUCUGCUCUCACCAGCUCUGGCUUUAACCUCUGCUUCACCCAGAACAGCCGCACCUGUGACGAGGAAUUGAUUGCAACGGCAUCGAGCCAGACAGUUCGCUUGCUUCUUGCUAGCGGCUUGAGGGCGCUGACGAAAUACUGUGAAUACAGAAUUACAGCCGACGACCCAACGAAACGGGUGGUAAUCGAGAUCACGCGCUUCAACGUCGGAAAUGACGCCUUUCUGUACAUCAACCCCGACGGCGACACCUUCUACGACAGUGACGUUUACACAGUUCAGAAACCUCUCACUCAGACAACCUAUACUUCAACGGGGAAUGUCCUCCGGGUCCUGUACUGCGGCGCCAGUUCCGCCUACUCCUUUAAUUAUUACACCGUGCCUUAGAUAAAUGGCUUUUGUACGUCUUGGAGGAAAACUAGACAGGUAGAGGUUCUCAUAGGCACUCGAGAAGACUGAAAGUUGACGAAAAAAAAAAAAAAAAAAAAAUACAGGAGGUCGUUGAGCUUAUACCUGGGGAAGAAAACACUUCAAGGCAGCAAAUAUAAACAUGUUGCACGUACCAUGACCCUGAUUAAACAACAGAACUAAUUAUGAGGAAUUUGGACUAUGUAAUGUGUAAUAAACAAAUAAAUGAUUAAUAAA